CCGGGGCCGAGCCGGGACGGAGCCGGACUGAGCGCGCUCCGCGGGACCCAGCGCUGCAGGCACCUCCGCAGAGCAGGCUGCCAGCAGCCCGUCGUCAGUCCCAAGAGGACUUUGCAGCCCUCUGCCUUCCGCCUGUCCGAGCGGCGUGGCCACCUGCGCGCAGAUGGAGCUGGACCAAAUGAAGAGUGGCGGCCUCCACGCCUACCCCGGGCCGCGGGGCGGGCCGGUGGCCAAGCCCAACGUGAUCCUGCAGAUCGGUAAGUGCCGGACGGAGAUGCUGGAGCAUGUGCGGAGGACCCACCGGCACCUGCUGGCCGAGGUGUCCAAGCAGGUGGAGCGCGAGCUGAAGGGGCUGCACAGGUCGGUGGGCAAGCUGGAGAGCAACCUGGACGGCUACGUGCCCACUAGCGACUCGCAGCGCUGGAAGAAGUCCAUCAAGGCGUGCCUCUGCCGCUGCCAGGAGACCAUCGCCAACCUGGAGCGCUGGGUCAAGCGCGAGAUGCACGUGUGGCGGGAGAUCUUCUACCGGCUGGAGAGGUGGGCGGACCGCCUGGAGGCUAUGGGCACCAAGUACCAGGUGGGCAGCGAGCCAGCCCGCCACACGGCCUCCGUGGGCGUGGGGGGUCCUGAGAGCUAUGGCCAGGACGCUGAUGGCUACGACUACACGGUCAGCCCCUACGCCAUCACCCCGCCGCCCGCCACUGGCGAGCUGCCUGGGCAGGAGCCCGUGGAGGCCCAGCAGUACCCACCCUGGGGGACCGGUGAGGACGGGCAGCUGAGCCCCGGCGUGGACACUCAGAUCUUCGAGGACCCGAGGGAGUUCCUCAGCCACCUGGAGGAGUACCUGCGACAGGUGGGCGGCUCCGAGGAGUACUGGCUGUCACAGAUUCAGAACCACAUGAACGGGCCGGCCAAGAAGUGGUGGGAGUUCAAGCAGGGCUCGGUGAAGAACUGGGUGGAGUUCAAGAAGGAGUUCCUGCAGUACAGCGAGGGCACACUGUCCCGCGAGGCCAUCCAGCGCGAGCUUGACCUGCCGCAGAAGCAGGGGGAGCCGCUAGACCAGUUCCUGUGGCGCAAGCGGGACCUGUACCAGACACUCUACGUGGACGCCGACGAGGAGGAGAUCAUCCAGUACGUGGUGGGCACCCUGCAGCCCAAGCUCAAGCGCUUCCUGCGCCACCCGCUGCCCAAGACUCUGGAGCAGCUCAUCCAGAGGGGCAUGGAGGUGCAGGACGGCCUGGAGCAGGCGGCCGAGCCAGCCGGCCCCCGCCUGCCCGCCGAGGACGAGGGCGAGGCCGAGACCCUGACGCCGGCCCUCACCAGUGAAUCUGUAGCCAGUGACCGGACCCAGCCGGAAUAGAGGGCGGCCCGGGCCCCCGCCUGCCCACCACACCCGCCUGUGGCCUUACCAUCCAGGACUCACGGGCGGGAACGACUGCUGCAGGGGGGAGCCCUCAUCCUCAUCCAGCCGGGCCCCCGCCUCAGCCUCCCAGCCUGACUCGCACAGACACACGCCAUCCAGAUGUGGGCAGUGCCCCCCAAACAGCAAAGGAGCCCUUCUCCCCUGCAGGGCCCUUGUCCCAGUGCCCUCCCUCCGUCUGUCUUCCCCGGCCCUGGGUCUGCCUGGGCCGGUGACCCCUCCUCCGCCCUCUCAGGCCAUGGCAGGACACCUCAGCCUCCUUACUCAGCUCCGCACCCGGGCUUUCUGGGCACUCAGAAACCAGAUGUCCAGAUGGCACGGACCAGCGGGCACCAGCCUCAAGGGACACCCCAGAACAGAAGCUAAAGCAGAACCAGGGCCACAGGAACCUCGGCCUCGGGGAUGCCGCCCUCUCCUGGCUGUCACCGUGCAGCCAGCUGGCACCCUUGCCGCCGCACAGGGCAGCUGGCCAGCCUCGGGCAGUGUGGCUCCCUCCUCCUGGAGGGGAGCUGAAGCCGAAAACACGGCAAUGACAGCAGCAGCAGCAGCAGCAGCAGCAGCAGCAGCAGCAGCAGCAACCUGACUGAACCUCUGGUGCCUCCUGGCCCCUCAGCACCAGUGAUUCACGCCAGCCUGGAGAAGGCUCGAGCUCGGCUCGAUGACUCACCCAUGGCAGGCGCAAGGUCCCACAGGGCCUGAGUCCUCAAGCCCGGCUGAGGCAGCAGCCGGCGCCCUCAGAGCCAGGAGAAUGACAACAGGUCUCAAGGCUGCCGCAGAGCGUUUGCUGCUGUGCCUGGCACCGCCCCUCCCCUCUCCUCCUGCAGGCUGCUGCGCCGGAGAAGUACAAGGCCGGUGAGGGAGGGGGUGCAGAGAGAAGGGGGCCCGACAGAGCUGAUGGUGAAGACGGGCCAGCGUGAGGGCCAGGGCCUGCCACUGUGCCUGCCCCGCUGGCCACCAGCCUGUCCGCCCCAGUGGCCACUGUGGCUGGAGCCGGGGUCGGCUGCCCCGGCCCUGUCUUGCUCCAGCCCAAGAACCCCUGCCCGCUACGUGGCCAUCCUCUGCUGCCAGAGCUUUCUGCGAGCCUGGGGCUGAGGCCACAGCCCCUGCCCCUGCCCGGAGGCCCCAAGCCCAGCCCCAGGAGAUCUGGAAGCCUUUGCUCCUGGGGCUCACAUGGGCCCUCUGCCAGCCCUGCUGUCGCCCAGGCCCGGACCCCCACCUCUCCCAGCACCAACACGCCGGUGCUGGCCAGCCGCUCGUGUCUGUGGCCCGAGCAGGCCCUGGUUGGGGGUUCCUCUUCUGCCAGUCCACUAUAGAUUCAGGGGACCAAAGUCUGCAGGUGACCCUGCCAGCCCUCCUAUCCUGCGCUCCUGCCAGCCCCCCCAGAUUUUAUUUUUGCACAUAAGCCAUAACCCAUGCUCACAGGCUGGCACAGGCUGCAGGGAGGCCCUGGGGUCCUCAACUGGACCCCACUGGUGUGGCCAGUCCCCCCACCUCCACCGAGCAAGCCUUGAACACCAGGCCAGGCUGUGUACACCCCCGCCACCUUAUCUGAAGACAGACUUUUUGUAAUAUUUUGUUAAUAAAACACUGAAACUUGGA